AUGGGCAGUGACGACGAUGACAAGCUAACCGACCUUCCAGAUCUCAUGAAAUCUCAAUCAGCCAUUCGGACUCAUCGGUUAUCUUACCUUCCGCCAUCCACACUGAGUGAAAGAAGCCAAAGACGACAUACCACUGGGAGGAUCUCAUUCGGCGAGCUGACCUCGGUGCCCAAAAUCCCUGCCCAUCGACCCAAAUCCUUGGAAUGUGUUCCGGAGAUAAGGGAUACUAGGGAAAAGAGACCAAGCUUUUACCUAGCCAGAACUCCCGAAACCACCGACGAGUUUGUGGUAUUAGAUCCACCUGCCUCAGUCACCGAUGAAGCGACCUUGUUCCCUCUCCAAGAUGAUCCCGCGGAGCUAUCUAUAACCAUCAGGUCUAGUUUGACAGGCAUCAUCAUGGGUAUCAUUGGUUCUGCCGUGGGGCUGCUUUUCAUCUUCAAACCUGUCAUGGUUUAUCUUGCGCCCGUUUUCCUUCAGAUCAUGUGCAUGUUUUUUGGCCGCAUAUUAGCACUCAUACCUGGACCCAAAUGGUGGAAUCCGGGGGCUUUUAGUCUUAAAGAAACCGUAUAUUCUUCAGUCAUCUCCACGGCUGCGCGUAAUGUUGCAUAUUCCAUCGUGAUGCUGGCAACCGAAGAUCUAUAUUUUGACCAAAAAUCAACUCCACUGCGGUCGAUGGGAAUUCUUCUUAGUACCUCAAUGGUGGGCUAUGGAUGGGGAUACCUUAUUGCUCCCGUAUUAGUCCACUCAUCAGCUACAAUUUUUCCGCACAUUCUCUCGUCAGCAGCCCUGUUUUAUGGUGUUUCUGGAACGGGGGAAUACCCAAAAAAGCAGAUUUCACUAUUCCAUAAAGUGUUCGCAGGAAUAAGUUUAUAUGAAAUUAUACCAACCUACCUGAUGCCAGCCCUACAAGGCGUCAGCUUCCCCUGCCUCGUCCUUCCCGCUAGCACGUUGAUUACCAGCUUGUUUGGGGGUGUUGCUCCGUUCGAAGGUCUGGGAUUCUUCGAGCUGUCUUUCGAUUGGAAUAUAGUUGGAGCUGGCAGCCCAUUAGCCACACCCCUGUUUGCUCAGGCGCUUCAACUGCUGUCGGUCAUCAUCACAGCCCUCAUAUUUUGGCCUGCUUAUAGCUUUUCGUGGUUUGGCUUUGGCCAAGAGGAAGAAUUCCCGUUCCUCUCAGUAUCGCUUUUCCAAGAAAACGGCACUCUGUAUCCUAUCAAGCAGGUCACUAAGAAUAUCACCAAGCUCGACCAAAAUCAAAUCAGCCUACCAAUCUACACGGCGACUAACGUUCUCACCCAGAUAUUUCAAUCACUCGCGGUCUCCUCAUCGAUCACACACAUUUUGCUCUGGCAAUGGCCUUUGAUACGCACAGCGUUCAAAAGUAGAACCACAAACGAUAAGGAAAAAGAUCCUCAUCGACUGUUGGUUCAAGCAUCUUACAAGGAUUUUCCAGUGUGGGCAUCACUCGCUUGCCUUGGCAGCGCGACAGUUUGGGCAUUCUUCCUAUGCUACAAAGAGAAUAUAAUAACACCGUUCAGCCUGCUGAUAUCAAUCGGUUUAUCGGGAAUUCUUACACUUUCGAUGGGAUUCAUAUGCGCUAUUUCAGGCUACACCUUACCACUGAAUGGGGUCUGCCAAAUGAUAGGAGGGUUAAUUUUUCGUGACAACGUGAUGGGUAACAUGUGGUUUUCCAAUUAUAGCUCUGCGCCUACUUCACAAGCCCUCAGCGCAAUGUCAGAAAUGAAGCUGGGGCAGUAUACUCACAUGCCUCCGAUCUCAGUGGCUACCGCUCAAGCAACUGGAAUGUUCGUUGGUGUGAUCGUCAAUUACUUUGUUCUUGAAGGCCUUCUGAGCAGUCAAAGGGAAGCUCUGCUACUGCCGAACGGAGACGGCAUCUAUUCCGGUACAAUUGUUCAAAAUUAUGGCGCCAGUGCUAUUGCCUGGGGGAAAUUUUCACAUGACCUCUACACGUGGGGAGGGAGAUACGUCUCGGUUCCGUUAGCUCUGGGCUGUGGAUUGUGUCUACCUAUACCAUUUUACCUGCUAUUCAAGCUAUGGCCUCAUCGAUAUAUCAAGGAUCUUAACAUUCCAAUUGUGAUGGGGUUUGUCGCCUUGGGCAGCUUAGGUGUAUCUGCUGGUCGGACGAUGAACAUUCUCGUCGGUUUGGCAUCCCAGCUGUGGGCUCGCAGAUAUUACCCAAAGUGGUUUUAUAAAUAUAAUUACGUUUUAUCAGCUGCCUUGGAUGGAGGAACGCAGAUAAUCAUACUCCUUCUGUCGCUGACCGUUCAGGGCGGUGUGGGACCACGAUUGAAGUUACAAAUUCCUACUUACUUUUUGAAUCCACCUCAUCCUCUGCCGCGAGAUUUCUGCUACUUGAAGAACAGCAAGGCCAAUUCCUGAAGGAUAGAAUAAAAUUGUAUCAUAAC